AUGCCAUCUUCACAGCAGCACGGGCGCGAGUGGCACCGGUGUACUGGCUGCGGCGUAGACAGGUCACGUUCGGACUCGGGGCGCAGCCGAAGACUGCAGGCCGUCGCCGAAGAAAGUGAUAGUCCCAACACCACCCGUCGGCGAACAACACAACAGCACGAGCAACAGCGGCAGCUACAGCAACAGCGAGAGCCCCCAACGCAACAGCAGCAACAGCAGCAAAAACAACAAAGAAGACAACCGCAGCCCCCUCAGGGCGUAUCCCCUUCUUCAGGUGGAAGAAGCGUGGGCGCGGCGGUAGCGCCGCGAACGCAAUCAGCGGCACCCAUCUCCAUAGAAUCUAUCGCGUCAACGCUAGAGAGCGGCCAGAGCCAGACCUCCUCCGCCAGAAGCAAUGGCAACAAUCCUAGCGACCAACAGCAGCAACAGGUCUGGAGAGACAGCAGCUUUGAUCAACGCGGCAGGGGCGACGCCGCGGCGGCAGGUCUUCGUUCGCGAAACACUGAGGAGCCGGGGUGGGUGGGCGAUGAUCAGGAACCAGGCUACGACGACGGCCGGAAUGGGUUCCCGGGCGGGAGAGCGGGGGUGGCAAAUGCAGCCCGUGACCCGGGGGUUGUGGAAGGUGGGGACAUCGUGGGUGAGGAGCAGUCCAAGGGGAACCCCAACAAAUUGUCUCUCAGAAAGCGGAGGGCGAGGGAAAGGAAGAGGGAGACGCCGGAAGAGAAGCAAUUGCAGAACGAGGUCGCUCUAGCGCUGAAGGCCGACUCCGCCGAGGAGACGCUUCGGUCGUUCAAUACGGCCAUGGAGAUGGGAGUUGCGCUUAGGGCCAACCUGCUCCGGGGUGUCCUGAACCAGUGCGCCAAGGCCGGCCUGAUGGACGACUGCAUGAGGGUCGUCAUGGAGAUGAAAGAGAGGGGCAUGGUGAUCGAGGAGAACACGUACGUGCCGCUUAUCCGCGGCAUGGUGAGCCAUGGCAACUGUCACGACGCUUUCGAUCUCAUCAAAGACAUGGUGAACCAGGGGGUGCAGCCCAGGCUGAGGUGUUACGAGCCGGUCAUCGCGGAAAUGUGCCGCGAGGGGGGUAUGGACGCUGCCAGAGAGGUGUGGGAGCACAUGGAGCAGCAAGGCGUCAUUCCGCGCGAGGAGCAAUACGUCAACUACCUCUGCGGCCUCAGCGUUGCCGGCGAGCUGUGGGACAACGCACGCUCCGGAAAGCUGGACGAGAAGCUGCUGGAGAUGUCCUACCACGCCAGGAACCUUACGAUGGGCCAGGUAGAACAGCUGGAAGAGCACUUCAACGCGGUCCCACUAGCGGCGACGCCUUCAAUCCCCAUCAACGGCGAUGCCGGUGCGGUGGGGGACACGAAUGCCUUCGCUAUCACGGAGGCGGUGAAAUCGUCCGUUCCGCUAGCGCGGAGAGUUAAGGUCGCCGGCGGGCACGAGAUCGAUGACGACAGCUGGACGAGAGAGUGGUCCAGCAGAAAGCCGACACGCGCCGAACGGCCCCACAGCUGCCCCGCCUGCGGCGGGGCCCUCCGGGCCGUCGGCCUAACUGAUGGCGAGAGGGCGAGGAUCCGGGAAACGCUGUUCGGUCUGGCAGGACUGCAGGUCAAGAAGCACGCGAGAAGCAGGCACACGAAGAUGCUUGCGAGGAGCCGGCAGCGCCAAGGCAACGAGAACCCCUUCUACAGCUUCACGGACGAGGACCAGAAGGAACAGCUGCAGAUCUUCGUCGACUGGCUGCACGCGCAAAGGGCUGACGGCAAGACCUACACGGCCGUGAUCGACUCUGCUAACGUUGCCUACCACAAGGGGAGCGCAUUUCAUUUCAGCUUACCCCAGGUGGACCUGAUGGUACAAGCGCUAGAGGCCAAGGGGGAGCGACCGCUAGUUCUGAUCGCCGAGAAAUACAUCGACCGCGUGGGGGACCUCUACGAUAACUCGCCCGCACGGGGCGGGUUCAGGUACAUGUCCAACCCUCUGAACAAGGCUAUUGUCAAGCGAUGGCGUGCCAAGUCUCAGCUUUACGAGUGCUCUGACGAGGCGUCGGACGACUGGUACUGGAUGUACGCGACCGUUGCGUUCGACGAUAUUCCCAUGACGGUCAUCUCCAACGACAGGACAAGAGAUCACCGCAUGUCUUUGGCCGAGACGGUGCCGUACCUGCGGUGGAGGACCACGCAGCUCGCCCAGUUCGAGCUUACAUACCCUCUAAAGGAUAUCAUGGGAAAGGGCUUAAAUCCGCAAGGCUGGCCAGCGAACCCCCCACAGGUUGCCAUCCAGCCGCCCCCCGCCUUCACGCGAGACGUGCAGAAGAGCGAACAGGGGUGUUGGCACGUGCCCGCCGGGGCCGACGAUGAGUGGCUGUGCAUCGACGUCCAGCGGGGAUUGAGAAUGGGGCUCGACAAGCUCAUGCCCACCCCGCGAAAGACCCACCCGAAUAUACAUGCGGACAGUCCUCCGGGAGAAACCAACGACGGCAGUGCGAGGGAUGUUGCUAUGGUUAGCUCUGGCGGUGGUGCUCGUACUGGUGGUGCGGAAGAUGACACGCUUAGAAAGGUCGGGGGGCUACUGCAGUCCAUGCGAGUCAGGAAGCAGCAUUCUCGCUCCUCCCACUCCACCCAGGGAACGGUCGAAGAGGCAGCGGUGGCAGCAAAGCGGGCGGCCGCACGAGCCAGGGCCGACGCCACCGCAGCCGACGCGUUGGUAGCCGAGGCACUGUUCGCCGAUGCUCAGACCACCGGUGGUGUCUCAAGAGACUCGCCGUACGCCAGAGUGCUAGCUGCAGAUGCCGCGAGGGUGAAGGAUCGAGGUGAAGAUGUGGGUUCAGCAGCAGCCGCAGCAGCGAUACCCCCAGCGCCAGUACCGGCAGCACCAAAAGCAACGCCCAGGGACCCUGACUCAAUAUCAACAACCACGGGGGGGGCAGCUUCGCAGCCACCAGGAAUCAGACAUACGGGAGAGCGAGGGGCAAGAGCAGUACUCCCCCCGGAGACAUCCAGAUCAACCGCGGCUGAUGCUAUAGAGGACUCUCUGAAGGAAGACGGCGCAGAAGAACGCGUAUCCGACGUCGAUGAAACUGCCUCUGAGAACGAGCAGCACCGUCAGCGCUGGUCGUCCAUGAAAGUGGUCUCCCUGAAAGAAGAGCUUCGAAGUCGUGGCCUGAAAGUUUCGGGCAAGAAGGCGGAGCUCGUGGAGCGCUUGUUGCGAGCGUGA